AUGGGAUCUUCAAUCACCACAACUUUUCUGACUUUUUCUCCCUCAAAUCUAGAUUUGAGGAUCGAAGAGGAGGCGAGAGUUAUCGGCCCGCGGAGAGAACUGGCCGUUCACCUUCUCGUGGAUAUGAGAUUCGUCGCCGCUCGCCACCACGCACACGCUCUCCUCGACCACGAAGUCGUUCCCGACCGCAGGCCGAUACAUGGGUCCCACCAUCUAAUAGAGGUUAUGGACGACCGCGAAGUCGCUCUCCACCGCCAUAUCGGCGCCGCUCGCGCACUCCACCCACCAGAACUUUCGGGCCAACUUCUUACGACCGUAGGAGAUCUCCACCCAGAAGAUUUUCACCCCGAAGAGAUGAAAGGAUGA